AUGAUGACAUCUUUUGCUGUCCUUUGUCUAUCAAUUGCUAUAAUUGAAUCCCUGGCAGGAAUUCUAGGAAAUGGAAUUAUCUUGGCUGCCAGUUCAUCGAGCUGCAUUGGGAGCAAGACAUGUACCCCAUAUGAUAUGAUUGUGAUCUCACUGAGUUCAUCUAAAUUAAUUUUGCAGUCAUGGACUACACUGGAUUUCUUAAUAAGUAUAUUAUAUGAACCCUUCUUUUAUAAAGAAAACAUGUUAGUAGUUUCUGAGACAAUUUUUACAUUUCUGAUCUACUCCAGCCUCUGGUUUGGAGCCUGGCUUAGUGUCUUCUAUUGUAUCAAGGUUGCCAGUUUUACACAGUCUUUCUUCAUCUGGCUGAAGCUAAGAAUUGCCAGGCUGGUGCCCUGGAUGCUGCUCACAGCAUGGCUCUGCUCCUUUGCAGCAUCAAUUCCCUUUGCCUGGGAUGUCUACAGUGCGCACAACAACUUCACUGCUCCUUUGUCCAUGACAAACUCUUCAGCAGGGAGAACCACAAGGAACAACAGUUUGCCUUUAUUGAUUGAUCUCUGGAAUGCGAGUACAGCUUUGCCUUUAAUACUGACUGUUGGUUCAAGUAUUCUGCUGAUUCAGUCUCUGUGGGUACACACCAGGGAAAUGCAAAAUAAUGCAAGUGGCUUCAGGGAUCCCAGCUUAGAGGCACAUAUGAAAGCCAUCAAGUCAGUCUGUUCCUUCUUUAUCUUCUACAUUACAUAUUUUAUUUGUUUGGUUUGCCUCUACUCCAGAGUUUUUUCAGUUUUUAGUGAUAAGGAAUCCAUGUGUAUAGUUAUAAUGGCUGCCUGUCCUACAGGACACACAAGGGUUUUAAUUUGGAGCAAUCCAAAAUUUCGAGAGCUGCUUGCUAGGAUUUGGCACCACACAAACUGUCCUAUCAGAACUAUAUCCAUGUAA